GAAUUAGAACUCAGGCGAGAGCGGCAUGUUUAGGGGGAAGCCUACGUGUUGUGCAGAGAACAGCUGUUAUCGAGGUGCUCCCACGACGCGACUUCUCUCCUCGAAAAUGCUAAAAUUACGAACGUCGCAAUUAGUUCUCUCGCUUCAUGUGUUGGUGCUGCAGAUCUUCAGAAUAGAAGGAGGAGCUCUACAAUUAGAUAACAGCAAUUUUGACCAAAUUAUAGGGAACAAUGAGUUGGUGUUCAUCAACUUCUAUGCAGACUGGUGCCGCUUCAGCAACAUAUUAGCUCCAACUUGGGAUGAGACGGCAGACAAAGUUAAGGAAGCAUUCCCUGAUGAAGGCAGGGUGGUUAUUGGAAAGGUGGACUGUGAUGCCCAGUCAAGCAUCGCUUCUAGAUUCCACAUCACAAAGUACCCAACCCUGAAGCUUCUCAGAAACGGCCAGGCAUCAAAGAGGGAAUACCGAGGUCAACGCUCUGCCGAGGCUUUUGCGUCGUUCAUUAAAGAGCAGCUGAAGGACCCUAUUAAGGAGAUUGAGAGUUUGAAUGAAUUGAAUGAUAUUGAGGAGACAAAAAGGACUGUGAUUGGUUACUUUGAAAACAAAGAUGUCCCUGAGUAUGAAGUGUUCCGCAAAGUGGCAACUAACCUCAAGGAAGACUGCCAGUUCCUAGCAGGUUUUGGGUAUGUAGCCCUAGUUAUUUUCUAUAAAUCUGUUACAGAUGUAGG